AUAGGUACAAAUAAAUGAUUAACACCUUUCGUGCCCAGUGAGUUUUCAAUCACCUGUGACAAACAGUUCUGUGUCUUGUUUAUUAAUUAAAAAAUUCAAACCAUGUCUCAGCAUCCACACGGCAACCCACCCUAUGGUGGACCACCUCCUCCUGGUGGAUUUACUUACGUCCCGGCUCCAGUAAUGAUGCCGGUGUACCAACCACCUCCACCACCACCCCCACCAGAACCAGUCCCACCACCAACCGUUGUCACCAACUACAUCUACCACCAGCCACCUCCACCACCACAACCUACUCCAGUCACCAUUGUUGAAGAAAUCAGAAUUCAGCCACAACCAAGUAAUCCAUGGGCUAAUUUACUGUCCACUGCUGAGAUGGGAAUAUCUACAGUUGGAAAAGGCUUGUCCCUGCUUGAACUUAAGAUGCAGGAAAAAAAUAAGAAAAUUACUAAUACAAUUGAAUGGGUACCCAGUACAGGACCUGAAGUGGGUAUACUGAGGCACAGAGCUUUCGUAGCAGGCAGAGAAGGUUGGGAUGGUAGCCCUCUUUGUGUGAUUAGGGCACACCACAGUGGAGAGUUCGUCCCAGGAAAGCUGGCCAUCAAACACCAAGUCGCCUACAUCCCACAUGCAGGUCGAGAAGUUCCUGUCCACAACUUUGAAGUGCUGUGUGCUUCAUCUCACGCAGUCCGCUGGUUGCCCAGCAGCAACGGCCAGGUUCCAGUCGGAGCUAUUCCCGCUGGCAACACCCACAGCGGCGAACCUCUGUACAUUGGUCGUGUUACACACAUGGGAUCUAUCACACCCGGCAAAGUGCACCCUAGUCAUGGAUGUUGCUACAUUUCGUUCAACGGCGGUGAAGUUGCACACAAAUCCUACGACGUACUCUGCAGAAUUGUCGGUUGAAACGCCAAAGAAGAAACAUAAAUAUGUAUAACUGUUACAUUUUUAAUACUUUAGUAUCAUUCAAAAAAUGUAAAGAAAAGACAAUCUCGAUUAUAUAUCCAGCACUAAUUUUAUUAUCGCCUGUGAAGAUUUUUAGAGUAUAAUUUAAUUGAUGAAUGGAAUUCGAUUUUAUUUUUAUUUGGUGAAUUAAAUAUGAAAAAUGCACCUACAAAUGUAUUUUACUGAUUGACACAUACUUCCUACAAGGCCCAGUGGACAGAUAUUAGUUUAUUUGUCGUAUAUUGGUUUAUUACUUUAUUGGUCUUUAAAGGUGGCAAAAAACUAAAUAUAUACUGUGUUUAAGCUCAUUAUAUGUCAAUUUCUUUCGUUAAUACGAUCAUACGAUAAGAAUUGUGUUUUAGUUUUUAACUAUGAAUAUAUUGGUCAUAAAGGAUUUUGUAAUUAUGCGAAAAACAUUAAGCUAUUUUUAUACAAAUACAAAAAAGAAAUAGUUUGUACUACUUUGGAUUUAAAAAGAGAACUCGAUAUGUUUC